AUGGGCUCCAUCAGGAAGAUGAUGAAAGCGGCACAAUGGGAUCCCAAGCAGCAAAGCGUCGUGGUCAACACCAUCCCGAUCCCUGAUCCAGCUCCCAAUCAAAUCCUAGUCAAGAUGGCUUCUGCGUCUCUUUGUCAUUCGGACAUCAUGGCCAUUAGCCGGCCUGGCUUGACUGAGUCGUUCACGAUCGGCCAUGAAGGUGCAGGUUAUGUCUCGAAGGUGGGUGCAGACUGCAUGGAUAAGGGCUUUCAGGAAGGCGAUCCAGUGGGGUUCCUGUAUAUCAACGGUUGCUGUUUUGAAUGUGAAGGCUGUGCGGUGCAUAAUUUGCAUUGCACAAAGGGCAAGCCAGCCGUCGCUGGUUUUGGAGAAUUCGGCUUCUUCCAGGAAUACGCUGCUGUAGACUGGCAGAAUGUCAUCCAGCUUCCCCACCAGCUCGAUCCGAAACGGAGUUCGGCCAUUUUUUGUGCUGGAAUUACGGCCUUUCACGCGGUGGAUUCCUGCAACAUGCAGCCGGGUCAAUGGUUCGCCGUGAUCGGGGCGGGCGGAUUAGGUCAACUGGCAACUCAAUAUGCCAAGGCAAUGGGCUACCAGGUAAUCGCGAUCGAUGUGAAUGACAAGGCCCUCGAGAUCUGUAAGGACCAAGGAGCCGACGUGACAUUCAACUCGAUAUCUCGAAUGGACGACUAUGUCAGUGAAGUGAAAAGACUUACCGAUGGCGGUGUCCAUGCAACCGCGGUUUUCAGCGCUGCCGCGGAGGCCUAUAAGGCCGCACCUUCCAUUAUUCGACCGGGAGGUGUCUUAAUGGCGAUCGGGAUCAGUGGCAGCCCAUUUGAGGCUUCCACCUUCGACCUCGCUAUCGGCUCAUAUCAAUUGAAGGCCGAGAGCACCAGUAUCCCUCAGCGGAUGGGAGAAGCGGUGGAUUUCACGGCCAAACACGACAUUAUCCCUGAAAUAGAGGUAAGGGCAGGAUUGGACGAUGUUGACAAGAUGAUAAGAGAUAUGAAGUCAGGGAUUUCAAGCAGAAGGAUGGCAGUUGUCUUUGAAUAA